UGUUAGUGCUCGACACUAUUAUACGAAACUGAAUAUGAAGAGUGAUUUGCCUGCUGAUCUCCGCGAUUUUCUAGAAAAAUCUGUCGAUGAAAAACUCGAAAACUUUCAAGUGGUCAUUCACGAUGGAAACAAGAAAGGUGAAGGUUUCCUGGGAGACUUCUUCUUCAUUUCUUUAACCAACAAAAAGACCAAAGAUGUAUUUAACCUUGCUGUGAAGCAAGUCCUAGCCUGUGGUGGAGAAGCUUCAUUGAAUAUAAUGAGUAAAUAUUUCCACAAUGAACUUUGCUUUUACGAAAGCUUGUGGCCGGAAAUGAGAAGAUUCCAGGAGAAGCAUUCAAAUUCGGAACAUUUUCUGAAAGUCCCCAGGCUGUAUGCUUUAGACGCAACCAAAGCGGCCGAGAAGAUAUCCUUAGAAAACCUUAGAUUCCAAGGUUUUAGCAACCAUCCCAAGAGAGAUUUCUUCAAGAAACAACACCUGGAGUACGUUUUGAGAACGUACGCGCAAUUCCACGCACUCAGCAUGGCAUUCAGAAAAUUGGAACCUGCAAAGUUUAAGGCAACUACUGAACCUUUGGCUGAUAUCCACGAAGCUGUUUCCACAUUGCAGUUCUUCCGACGAGCUAUAAACCAGAGUUGCCAGAGCGUUUUGCAUACUUUAGAUGAAAAUACCGAGAAAGAUUUAGUAGAUAAGUUCAAAGUUUAUGCCGAGAGAGGAACAGAUAUUCUUUUCGAAAUAUCUAGAUAUCAUGGGGAUCAUGCAGCCCUAUUACAUGGGGACUCAUGGUGCAACAAUCUGAUGUUCAAGUAUGACGAAUCCAAUAACGUGGAAGACAUGAGGAUCAUAGAUUUUCAGCUAAUCAGAACUGGAACUGUGGUGUAUGACAUUUCCUACUGUAUCUACUCUGAUGGUUGCAAGAAAACUUUGGACGAUUUGGAACAUUAUCUCCAAGUUUACCACCAUAGCCUCUCGGAAUCUCUGAGGGGCUACGAUUUGGAUCCAGAAGAAGUGUACCCUUAUGAUAUUUUCAAAGAGGAGUGGAAGCGUUACAGCAAACUUGGACUCAUUUUGGGAAUACUAUGCAAUAGUUCCAAAUAUUUCGAAACAGAUUCUCUUAAAACAUUUUCAGACAUGAUCGAUGAGGGUGAAGAGGAAGAGGAAAUUACUACGAAUGUAUACAUGCAUAAGUCGGAAAAGUUUCUGGAUAUAGGUAGGGGCCUAGUAUUGCAUAUGUUUCACAAUGAUUUUUUGUGAAAUAAGAUGGAAUUGAGUUCGCUAGCUCUGAUUAUAUGGUGACAGCGCCUUCACCAAU